AUGGUCGCGUCUACCGCACAAGGCCCCCUUUCGAAUGGGCCUAUACCCGCCAUACUCCAUGCCAACUCGGCUUCGUCAAGCGCAAGUUCGUACUCCCACGAUACCGGCUUAGAAUUCGGCGACCAGCAAGAUUCCACAAGACCGACAACCGCGAACCCCUUUAAGCGAAAUCGCAAUGGAAGCACCUCAGGCGAAUCACUCAAGGGCAGGAUUAGACGUGCUUCGAUGUCCCUAAAGGGAAUUGUUCUCCGUGAGCGUCGCGGUUCCGAAUCAGCUGCUGACCACGAAUUACGACCGGGAACCUCGCACUCGCCCUGGCACAAAUUGCGACAAGCGGCCAGCUUCAGACACUCGAGGACAUCUUACGGUGGUCACGGUAACCUAGAAACGAUCUAUUCACCUCUCCAGGCCGAAUUUCCGACUCUCCCCGUUCCGGGCAAUGGCCUUGCGCCCCCGAUUAUUCCCUGGCACACCGGUGGUGCUGCUAAAGCUGCUGCUGCUUUGCAGAACCAGUCUAUGCAGUACCACGAACUUAUGUCUCUUGCCGAGUCUCAGAACGACCGUGAAAGUGGCAUUGGAAUUCCUUUCACAGCUGCCGUCUCCCAAGUCGAUAUCCCCUUACUUCCAAGCACACCAAUAAUUAGGAAAGAUUUCAUUGCCCAGUUGCCUGCAGAGCUUGCUAUCCAGAUCUUGUCGCAUUUGGAUGCUGCCCAGUUGGCCAUCGCAAGCAGGGUAUCGCAAUUUUGGCAUGGUAUUGUUUAUGACCAGCAAAUUUGGCGCGAGUCUUUCCUAAGGGAAAAGACGAACACCUACGCCACUAGUCUUCCCAUCCAGCCAGGAACCGGUCGCGGCGUGCCCUCGGUAUCUCCCAAGAACGACUGGCAAAUGAUAUAUAAAGCCCGAGAGGAUCUAGAUAAGCGAUGGAAAAUCGGGAAGCAAGCACGCGCCGUAUUCUUGCAUGGGCAUAUGGACAGUGUUUAUUGCCAACAAUUUGAUGAGAACAAAAUCAUCACUGGUUCUCGAGACAAGACUAUCCGAAUCUGGGAUAUGCACACUCUCCAAUGCCGUUUGGUCAUUGGACCGCCGGAUGUUGUGAACGACACCAAUAUCCUAUUCGACCCGACGGGACAUCCCACCCACUACGCCCUAUAUCCCGAUAACGAGCGCAUUAACCCAUCGGUACCCGUUACAGUCUCGUUCCCUACCCACCACAGCGCCUCUAUCCUCUGCCUCCAGUACGACGACGAUAUUCUGGUGACCGGUUCUUCGGACUCUAGCUGUAUCGUUUACAGUGUUCGCUCCGGAUACAGACCUGUUCGACGCCUUCAAUUCCAUACCGCCGCCGUCCUCGAUCUAGCAUUCGACGACAAGCAUAUCGUCACAUGUUCUAAGGAUUGUAGUAUCUGCGUGUGGGAUCGAGCUACAGGUGCCCUUAUCAAGCAGUUGAAUGGCCAUACCGGUCCCGUGAAUGCGGUACAACUGCGCGGGAACACAUUGGUGUCUUGUUCUGGAGACUUCACUGUCAAGCUCUGGAAUCUUGACAGCGGCAAGGUGAUCCGCGAGCUCACAGGGCAUACUAAAGGUCUUGCUUGCAGUCAAUUCUCCGAAGACGGCCGCUAUGUAGCUUCCGCAGGCAGUGAUAAGAUCAUUCGCAUUUGGGACGCCAAUACUGGCGAAUGCCUUCGAGAGAUCAAGGCCCACGAGAGUCUCGUGCGUUGUCUACACAUUGACAGCGUGAGCGGACGUCUCAUUAGCGGCAGCUAUGACACAGACAUCAAAGUCUUUGAUAUGGAAACUGGAAUGCAGAAGUUGGACUUCCCCGGUUGGCACGCUAGUUGGGUGCUAAGCGCGAAGUGCGAUUAUCGCCGCAUUGUCAGUACCGGUCAAGAUGCUAAGAUUCUCCUUAUGGACUUUGGUGCCGACGUGUCGAAUAUCAAAAUGCUUGAGACCACUCGCAAGCACGAAGUUGCAUGCGAUGGUCGCAAUGCAGGUUUUAUCUGA